CUCGUAAUGCUGCUUCACACGAGGGAAGAUGAGCGAGCAGAGACGAUCAGCAUCAAGCUCCUAUCAGCCAAGGUCCAUCUGGAGAAAGAGGGUGAAAAGAGAAUGGAAACCCUUGGAGGACCGAAGCUGCACAGAUCUCCCAUGGUUCCUUCUAUUUAUGCUCUUCUGCGGGGGAAUGGGCGCUAUCUGUGGCUACACUAUAGUGACAGGUGGUGCAGCACGCCUGGUGUUUGGAUAUGACAGCUACGGCAACACUUGUGGCCAGAGGAAUGAGGCCAUCGAAGGGGUCAGGCUCAGCGGCUUGGACCACAGAGACAGAAAAUAUGUGUUCUUCCUGGACCCGUGCAACUUAGACAUCAUUCAAAGGAAGAUUAAAUCAAUGGCACUGUGUGUGUCACAGUGUCCUACUGAGGAGAUGAAAACGUACGAAGAUCUACGGAGAUUUGCCAUGACGAAUGGCUCAGAGCUCUGCUCCUAUGAGCUGGCUGGCCAUAAGUACCCAAGCCUUCCAGAGCGCUUUGACAAAUGUCCUAAACUUCCAGUUCCACAGAGUAAAGCUCUGCCGGUGUUUAACCGCUGCACGCCCGUGGACAUUUCCUGCUAUUCUAAGUUUGCAGAGGCGGUGGUGACGUUUGUCAGUGAUAACACCAUACUCCACAGGCUGAUCGCUGGGGUGGUGGCCAGUAAAGAGAUCAUUGCAGGGCUUUGCCUGCUAGCACUGGUGCUCUCCAUGAUCUUGAUGGUGAUUAUUCGCUACAUCUCUGCAGUCCUGGUGUGGAUUCUUACUGUUCUUGUGGUGCUGGGCUCGCUAGGAGGCACCAGCUUUCUGUGGUGGUUAUAUAUAGACCACAAGCUGACGAUGAACGAGACUGUGGCUACAGAUUUAAAGGAAGCAGAUGAAGAAACCGUGGCUUCCAAAGACCACGUGCAAGGACUACUGGUCUACGCCACCUCAGCAACUGUGUUCACAGUGAUCUUACUGUUGCUGAUGCUGUUCAUGAGGAAGCGUGUGGCUCUGACCAUCGCUCUGUUCCACGUAGCUGGGAAGGUUUUUAUUCACCUGCCGCUGCUGGUGCUGCAGCCUUUCUGCACUUUUCUUGCCCUUUUCCUUUUCUGGGUCUACUGGAUCCUAGUACUCCUCUUCCUCGGAACCACUGGGAAUCCAGAGAAGAAUGAGCAAACAGAGCUGACUGAGUUCAGACUGAGCGGCCCGCUGCAGUACCUCACCUGGUACCAUGCUGUGGGUCUCAUCUGGAUAAGUGAAUUCAUUCUGGCCUGUCAGCAGAUGACUGUGGCUGGAGCUGUGGUCACGUACUACUUUACCAGGGACAAGAACAAGCUCCCUUUGACACCCAUCCUGUCAUCAGUGUUUCGUUUGAUCCGUUACCACCUGGGCACCGUGGCCAAGGGCUCCUUCAUUAUCACCCUGGUCAAGAUCCCUCGUCUCAUCCUCAUCUACAUCCGUAAUCAGCUCAAAGGAAAGGAGAACGCAUGCGCACGCUGUAUGCUAAAGACGUGUAUUUGUUGCCUGUGGUGUCUGGAGAAGUGCCUCAAUUAUCUAAAUCAGAAUGCAUACGCAGCGACAGCCAUCAACAGCACCAGUUUCUGCACGUCGGCACGUGAUGCAUUUGUGAUCCUGGUGGAAAACGCUCUGAGGGUGGCAGCCAUCAACACCGUGGGAGACUUUGUGCUUUUCCUGGGCAAGGUCCUGAUUAUGACAUGUACAGCGUUUGCGGGGGUGCUGGCGCUGAACUAUCAGAGGGACUACACGGAGUGGGUGCUGCCGCUCAUCAUCGUGUGCCUGUUCGCCUUUCUGGUGGCCCACUGCUUCCUGUCCAUCUUUGAGAUCGUGGUGGAUGUGCUGUUUCUCUGCUUCGCCAUCGACACCAAAUACAACGACGGCACACCUGGCAAGGAGUUCUACAUGGACAAAGCCCUAAUGGAGUUUGUGGAGAACAGCCGGAGGUCGGUGGCACCGGCAGAGCGUGGACGGAGCAGGAAGCGGUCUCGCGGUCGUGAGGAGGCGGGGCUGACUGAGAUGAAGGCCAUGGCAUCUGGAACAAGCUCAGCUUGACCAAAAGCCGGCCAUGGGACUUUUUAAAGACAUUCCAAAAUGUUUAUUUUUACCAAUGUGUAACAUGUUUACUAUGGUUUCAC